AUGGAAACUCUUCUCAUACAAUGUGGUCCCACCUCUCAUGAGAGCUGCUACUCGUACGUGGGGCGUCGGGGCUACUCCCAGACGGUGUCUCUGGACCGGCAGGGCUGCCUGUAUCACAGCACGGUUCAACACGAGCUGCUGCACGCGCUCGGGUUCAACCACGAGCAGUGCCGCUCCGACAGAGACCAGCACAUCCGCAUCAUCCUGUGGGAGAACAUCCAGUCCGGUUGGGCGUACGCCUUCGACAAGAUAAACACGCUGAACCUGAACACACCAUACGACUACAACUCCGUCAUGCAGUACCACAGGUAUGCCUUCAGCGGGAACAAUAUGCCCACCAUGGUGCCGAUCCCCAACGUAGAGUUCGGCACGGCCAAUCAGAUGAGCAGGAACGACAUCAGCAGACUGAACACGCUGUACAAAUGUUGAAAGGUGGUGAAGAAACCCUGAGGACAUGGGGCCAAUUUACACAUCAAACCUGCUCUUUAUAGCACAGUCUGAGAAAGUGUGUUGAUAAUAAAUCUUCAAUCAUG